AUGGCUGAGCAGCAGGGCCGGCAGCUUGAGGCUGAGUGCCCUGUCUGCUGGAACCCCUUCAACAACACGUUCCACACCCCCAAAGUGCUGGACUGCUGCCACUCCUUCUGCGUGGAAUGCUUGGCUCACCUCAGCCUGGUGACUCCCUCCCGGCGCCGCCUGCUGUGCCCACUCUGUCGCCAGCCCACAGUGCUGGCCUCAGGGCAGCCCGUCACUGACUUGCCCACGGACACUGCCAUGCUCACCCUGCUCCGCCUGGAGCCCCACCAUGUCAUCCUGGAAGGCCGUCAGCUCUGUCUCAAGGACCAGCCCAAGAGCCGCUACUUCCUACGCCAGCCCCGGGUGUACACACUGGACCUGGGCUCCGAGCCCGGGAGCCAGCCCGGGCCCCAGGACACAGGCCCUACCACUGUGCCUAUGCCCAUCCCUGUCCCCAGCCACUAUUCUCUGAGGGAGUGUUUUCGCAAUCCCCAGUUCCGGAUCUUUGCCUACCUGAUGGCCGUCAUCCUCAGUAUCAGUCUGCUGCUCAUCUUCUCCAUCUUUUGGACAAAGCAGUUCCUUUGGGGUGUGGGGUGA